AUGGAAACAGAGCUUAUUCGAAUAUGGCAUCUAAUCAGCGAACUUAGCGACCAACUCUCGCAAAACCAGAAAAUAACCAAGACUCUACUAGGACAAACAAGUUUAUUAAAAACCGAGGCUACAGAUGCGAGCUCUGGAUUUGCGCUGAGAAGGGUGAAUGUUGAUCUUUCGAAAGAAACAUUCGAAUCCGAGCUUGAGCGAACGAAUGCCCAUAUAAUAAUUGAGAACCAAACACUCAAACAGGAGAAUAAGCAGCUGAGUACGCUGCUCAAGGAGUACGAAGAUACUCUGGAGACUAUUAUGGUCAAAUUCCGCAACCACGCUUUGGCCGCGCAGCAACAUGAAUCGACAUUGUCACGGCAUUAUGAAACUCUCCUCCUCGCACGCGAAACACAAGACUCAUCUUCUGACCUGACGUCCACCGCGAACAUGACACAAUCCUUGCAGCGUAUAUCUCGAUAUAUUCGAGACCUGCUGCUAGCUAUGGCAGGUGAAGAGGUCGAUUUGAAUCAUCGUCUGACGGAGCAUGAGGGUUUUGUAGACCCUGCAGAGCUGUCGGCUCUGAUUGACGCUUUAGCAGGACCGAGUGGCACGUCAGACCAGGAUAAAAACUCACAUUACCAGGAGUUGAAUGUUAGAGCUGACUGGACGCUAGAGAGGGAAUGCGAGAUUGCUAGACUUGAAAAAGAGAAUGAACAGUUGCGGAAGGUAUUGGGGAUCGAUCCGGAAAGCAUUGCUGCAUCAGGUAUCGACAUGGAAGCAGAGAUUAAACGGAUGGACCGCGCACGCCAUCCUGAACUCAGAAAUCGAAGAAGAGACGCUCCUAACCAUAUGUCAACAGGUAGCGGAGACCAGUGGGAGCGAGGGUUCAGUAAUAUCAACAAUGGUAAUGGCAAUGGCAAUAUCAACAAUAACCCGGUGUAUAUGUGGGACGCUACCAAAAAUCCGGGUAAUCUAGGGAACCAACCUCCCCAACAAUACACGCAGGAAAUGUCCAUGGCUGGCGGAGCACCGCUCCAGCGUUCAAUGGAGCUUCCGACUCUCAGAACUGGCGCGCAAUCGGCAGGUCCGAGGAUGGGCCAGCGGUUCGUGCAACAACCACAACAACAACAGCAACCGAGAGGCACAUGGGUUUCUGGUGCUGGACGAACUGGAGGACCUCCUCCGUCACAACAAUCGACUUUGUGGACGAAUCAGCCGCACUCUCCUUCGCCUCAGAUUAUGAAUGAUCGUCCGUGGCCGAUUCAAGGUGGAAAUGGAAUGGAUAUGGGACGCUGA